UCUCGAAAGCCACCGACGACCCACAGCACCGCACGCAAUCCGAGUCCGUGUAUAUACAACGAAAUACCCCGAACGAAUAUUCACAAAGGAGAAUAAAAGUACAAAAGAAGAAAGCGCAAUGGCCGACUCUGUUCAGAAAAUCACCGAGUACCCGCAGGAGUUCUUGAAGGAAGGCGUGACUUUUGUUAACCGCUGCGCGAAGCCUAGCAAGAAGGAGUACAUCAAAAUCAUCCAGACCGUCGGUAUGGGCUUCGUCGUCAUGGGCGCGAUUGGAUACCUCGUCAAGCUUAUCCAUAUUCCUAUCCGACACCUGAUUACCGUUUAAAUUAGUUUAUGAAAAAUACAGAAUGCAAGAAAACAAAGAUACAAAGGUGUGCAAGUUUUGCAAAGUAAUGAACCAGAGACGACGCAGAAAACAGAGAGAUUAAUGCCAGAAUGAUUGUUUAUCGUCCAUCCACCUCCUCGUCCAUUUAACAUUCCUUGUUCUCAUGACUUAUCCAUCCUCUUUAUCAUUCAUAAUUCCUUUUGUUUCUGGUUUAAUUGUCUAAUCUGCUAAAUUCAUCCACGAUUUAUAUCUCACCCUCUUCCUCUCCACUACCUUCUUGCGCUGGCUGGCCCG